AAUUUCCUAUGACUUCAGGUUGGUUCUGUUUUAUGCGCCGGUGCCACGGCCAUUACUCUUCCUUCUGCCAUGUCUAUUCUACCUCCAGUAAUACUUCCUUUGUGACUAAGACUAUAUAACUGUACUUCCUUGAGUGAUACGCUAAUGCAAUAGGUUCCUUACUGAGGUAUCAUUUAUAAAUAUUCUCUCAGGUGUUGUGUUUACUGUUACGUCAGUGUCGGUCCGCGUGGGCGUGUACGUCUACGGAAUAAGUUAACACCCUGAGGCAAGUGUCAGGAACGGAAAAGAAGGACCCUUCCGUAGUGGCUCUUGGGAAUGUUGGCUGGGUGUAUGUCUAGUACGACGUGCAAUAAAUUGCAACCGUCUGUGUCCACUAACGAGAAUAGUGCGUCGAUGCGUAAAUUCGUGUUCUCAGUGCGUGACGGUUAUAGUAUAUACACGCAUCACAAAUGCAAAAAAAUAAGCUUAGAAACUGAGUCAACAGACGGAAAUGGAUCUUCAUUCCAUACAGGAAAUUUGAUGUAUCUUUUACAAAGAUACUCAGCUCCUUUGGUAACAAUUGCCACUCGUCCACUUACUAAAUCCAUUACUUCCACGGCUCCCGGAUUCAUCAUAUUUGCCUCAUCGUGAAACAUGCGAAGCAUCAUGCCAAAAUGACUCGGCCGCGCCCUGGACUAACGUGGUCAACACUGCCAAGAAGGUCAUCCUGCUCGUUCCACGAAUUCCUACACUGACGACCCCUGCCACUGUUAACGAACCUUCACGCUCCGAUUUUGUGUCAAAGUACCUUCUCCUCUCUAUUCGGCUCCUUUUAAUACAGGUGAAAGUCCUCUAUUGAGAGUCAUGAACCUCACUCUCGUAACGUUGCCAGACAUGCGUUCCACUAGCUAUACGUAAAUACCAUAUACAAUAAGUUAAAAUCUUUUAAUCAAAGUCUCCUUAAUUAAUAUAUUCUUCAUGUAUCAUACAAGUGCACCCUGGCGUUACGACCAUUAUACAAGCAUUCUAAAUAAACGUGGAUACCGGCGCCAGGGUGACUGCAGCGGAAAAUCAAUAGUAACUCUGUAUACGUGUGGCCCGUCUUACCUUGGCGAUAGAAGAGAACGCUGAUGUCCUGUACAUAUAUUUUUUUGGAGAGUUGUCACAAAUUUUUUUUGUAAUUAACCUUCUACACUAGCUCAACUGUAGGUUGCUUAAAAUAUGUGUAUAUCUGUAUUACGUAUAACUGGAACACACAAUAUUGUGACGUAGGGCAUUCUCUGUAACGAGGGUUUACCAGUAGGGAGAAUGAGGCUUUUAUCCUCACUAGGUGGUCGCUCAAUCGAAUGUUAAUGAUUCGCUGUAUUAUGAUGAACCCUUGUCGUAUCCGUAUACUAUAGUCAAUAGAGCAGUCACUCUAGGUACAGAUAUUCCAUCUUUAUAGUAAAGAAACAUAUUUUCUAAGCUCUACCAGACGCUCUGAAAACUUAACCUUCUAUUAUGAUAUGACUACCCCUUUUAACGCGUUCGUGUCAUUCACUUUGUGAUUCAUUUUUAUACGCCCACUAUUUAUGUGGAUCUAAGCGUGUGCCAGAGUAUGCGGUACGUGUACACCCGACCGUGCACUACAUAAAGUAUGACGCCACUUGCGUAAUUGCACUUAAUUCGCCGUAAGUGGCCGGUAGACACUUGGGAAUGUCAUUCAUUCAUUCAUUCAUAUUGUUAAAAAUCGGUCGCGAGACAUGACCGUGAUGUUGAUAAAAAUGAUUUUUAGAACGAGAUCAUUUUUUUUUGUACUUUAAUUUCUAUGCCUCUCGUCGUUUUCUAUACUUUUUAAUUAUAUGGGUCACUCGUUGCAUAUGCAAUUCUCAUGUUUACUCUAUUAUUGACGAACACAAAUAAUAUCGUCACUGAAUCCCGGAUACGUGCCGCAUGAAUGUUUCUAUGUACUGUCGUGGGUAUCAAUUCCCAGUGGGAAGUUUGACUCUGAAUUUAAAUAUAUGUAUCCAGGCAGUUGAAAACGGCUACCCUUACCUUCCGAAAUAUUCAAGCAUAUUCCUAGUAAAACAACAGUACCAUGUAAAUUGGGCUGUUUUUAUGCUGGUAAAUGGUGUUUUUAGCUAUUAGAAUAUGAUCUACCUCAGAAAGUAUUGUUAGACUGUACCGACCAGUAUCGUAUUGUUGUAUGUAUAUCUCUUUGGUCGGGGUCGAGACUAUGUAUUGCGAAAUCAAGAUCCUGUUUACCAUACUGUAUCUUUUAGCUCUCAAAGAGAUUUUAGAAACGAGUUGCACGUUUCUCUCCAUUUUCAGCGAUGAACGAAAAAGCUUGGAAUAUACCUAUAUAUCGCUUGGACUACUGAUGCCGUAUUAGCUUACGCUCGUUUUCCUUGAGAUUAGUUAGUACGUGACUAUUUACUGUGUGACCAGUAGUUAGUACGUAAUGUACAAUAAUUCUGAACUAUACAUAGUGGCGUGAUACCUAGAGAGAUUGAAAGAACUCUCUGGUACUUUAUAACGGUAUUUGAUCUUCGUUUGACUCUUUGGAUACUGAGUAACGUGCAUACUAUUGCAUCUGUAGCUUUAAUGCUUAUUAUGAGGUAUUAUCAACAAUUUAUGGAGUAAUCGAUGCGAUUGUGGGUUCCCGAAGUGAAUAUAUUCACAAAUCCAAGAGAAAAUGUUGAAUUUUUUUUUUAUCAGACAACAACUAAA